AUGAACUCGCGGGCGAUCAAAUACCUUUCCCUUCUUCCAAGCUUGAAGCCAAACCAGAUAGACAAACCCCCGGAGACUCCCCCGGCCUUCCAACCACCUCAUCCGCAAGACAGCGACCGAGAACCCUUCCCAGUGAGACUCAACAUCGUCAUUCAGGUCGUCGGAAGCCGCGGAGAUGUUCAGCCGUUCGUAGCACUGGGGAACGAGUUACAGAAAUGCGGACAUCAAGUUCGGCUCGCGACACAUACCGUGUUUGAAUCCUUCGUGCGCGAUGCUGGCCUUGGCUUCUACCCCAUUGGGGGCGAUCCGGCCGAGUUGAUGGCAUAUAUGGUGCGCAAUCCAGGGCUUAUACCCAGUAUGAAGAGUCUUCAGGCGGGUGAUAUACAGAAGAAACGGACAAUGAUGGCCGAUAUCCUGCAGGGGUGUUGGCUAUCUUGCAUCAGCCCCGACCCGAUAUCUGCAGUCCCCUUUGUGGCAGAUGCUAUCAUUGCCAAUCCUCCCAGCUUUGCUCAUGUCCACAUCAUGUUCACCAUGCCCUGGACGAGUACGGCAGCAUUCCCUCACCCGCUCGUCAAUAUCAAACUCGGCCAAGGAACCAGCUCUGAGCCUUCUAUUGUCAACUAUUUCUCAUACGGUGUGGUUGAGUUCCUCACAUGGCAAGGGGAGAGCAUAGAUCUGGAGCACAUUGCCUUUUCGGAAGGACCCUGUCUAAUCGAGAAGCUAAAGACACCUAUCACGUACUGCUGGUCUCCUGCGCUGGUGCCAAAGCCCGCAGACUGGGGUUCCAAUAUCGACGUAUGCGGCUUCUUCUUUCGCGAACCGCCGGACUACACGCCAGCCCCAGAGCUCGACGAGUUCUUACAAUCUGGGCCACCGCCCGUGUAUAUUGGUUUUGGCAGCAUCGUGUUAGACGAUCCGCAACGCAUGUCUGAGAUCAUCCUCGAAGCAGUUCGAAUCACAGGCACCCGAGCCCUUAUCUCGAGAGGAUGGAGCAAGUUGGAUGGCCCCGCAUCAAGCAACGUCAUGUUUCUGGGCGAUUGUCCCCAUGAGUGGCUUUUUCAACACGUAGCUGCCGUUGUCCAUCAUGGAGGAGCUGGGACAACUGCGUGUGGAUUAUUGAAUGGGCGGCCGACUACAAUCGUGCCCUUUUUUGGCGACCAGCCAUUUUGGGGCAACAUGGUGGCGGCUGCUGGGGCAGGCCCUGAACCGAUCCCUCAGAAGUCCUUGACCGUUGACAAUCUUGCCGAUGCCAUCCGCUUCUGCUUGACGCAAGAAGCUGCCGACUCGGCCGCCAAGAUUGCAGACAAGAUGCGAUCCGAGAUGGGCGUCAAGGCUGCUGUGGCAUCCUUCCACAAUCAUCUUCCCAGAGACGAACUCGAGUGCGAUAUCAUCAAGGGCCAACCCGCUGUGUGGACCUGCUCCAAGAAGAACCGCCGCCUUAAGCUUUCCAAACCGGCCGGAGAGAUCCUUUCGAGCCAUCUCAAGAUUGAUGCAGGAAGCUUUGAGAUGUACGAGAGCCACCGCACCGUCAUGGAAACACGCCGAUGGGACCCUUUCAGCGGCACUAUAGCAGCUGCCAUAGGAGUUAGUGCCGACUUGGCUAAGUCAGCUGCCGACACCGUCGUCAAGCCCGUGAAAACCUACCAGCAACGGAAUACGCUAGAUCAAGAACAUCAUUUGGAUCCUGUAGAUUCAUCUGGGGGGACGGCGCUUCAAAAUCUAGACGCGAGCAGAGCUAAGAGUUCGAGAGGAUGCAUCAGCACAACGAAAUCUGUGUCUACGGUGUCAGCCCAGAGCAUGUCAACAUUCUUGAAGCAUUUUUUGAACGGCCUCGUCAUCAUCCCAUUCGCCUUCACUGAGGGUUUCCGGAGCGUACCGCUCUUAUAUGGCGAGGAACUCCGGGACUAUGGCGAGAUCUACGACUGGAAGUCAGGCAUCACGUUCGGGGCCAAGGCCGUUGUCUUUGGCGUGGUUGACGGCGUUGGCGGUCUGUUCAUCUUGCCCUACGAGGGUGCUAAGAAGCAAGGCGUGGUCUUCACUGCGACCAUCGGUUCAGCCACUUACCCAUUGCAGGGGAUUUACAAGAGUAUAUGGCGUCUCGCCAACUCCAGGACUCGUCGGGCUAUCCAAAACGCUCGGUUGGCUGAAGGCAAGUAUUUGGCAGACAAAGGCCGCAAGAUGGGCGUCAGUGACAAGGCCAUCAUGGACACGUUUGACGCCAUGAUGGCGAGGGAACUUCGGACUUAG